UUUAGUUUAGUCUAGUUUAGUUGGGCUUGAGUAAUGGAAUCAAUCUGGGUGCCGGCUAUACCACUUCUGGACCAUCUCAGCCUUAUUCUACUUAGUUUAUUGUUUGGUGGCAUCUGGGUGUUGUUUUCUAGUUAUUGGAGCCGAACACAGGUGGCAUCCAGGACAGAGAAAUCAGCUGACUCUCUGAGAUCUAUCACAAAUAGAAAUUUGUGGAAAAAUUAUUCUACUCUGUCUAAGGAAAUUAAUCUGACAAGUAUUUCAGGUCUUCCUAUGGGCUGGACUCAGGACUAUAUAUUCUCAAUAGAAAAGAGCCUUGAACAGAUCUUCCAACAUCUGGAAAAUGCAAGCUCAGCACUUAUGGAACUGAAUUUUCCAGAAUCCUAUGAUACAUCUUCUUCCUCCAUCUCUGACACUAUGGCUCAGGAGAGUGUCCCACCUUGCUGUUACUGUGAAAAUGAGAAAUGGUCUACUGACUACAGCAUAUGCUCUGAAUCCUCCAACAACAGCUCCAUCCUGUCUUAUCUUCCAAUCUUUCCUGAAAGUACAACUUGGCAAAUCCAGAGCAAUAGUGCCCCCUAUUCCCCAGAAAAGGAAUUGUCCGUGUCCAGGGGCAGAAGCACACCACUGCCUACCUUUCAGCUGAUGGAUACUGAGAAAUCAGAUCUUUCCCAGAAUUUUGCAGUCCUUCCUCCCUUACGUGAUGUUCCAUCAAUUCAUCUCCAUGUGAACAUCGGGGUGAAUUCUGGAAUAAAUAGGACAGAAGCAAGAAUGUCACAGCCACUUACCUCCAACAAACAGUUAGAAUCUGAGAAUGACCACCAAAUCAUUAGAUGCAAUCCUUUAGUUAUAUCAAUGGAUGCACCUUCCAGAAAUGUAGAAGUUAAUGCAAUUCAGGAAGAAACUUCUUUACUGAAAAAGGAUCCAAAGCACGUGUUAGAGCUGAAUACAGAACAGAGGGUCACAGGUCUUCCAGAAGAAAAGAUAAAGUCACCUAAGGCACAAGGAACUAAUGUGGAGCUGACACCCAAGGCACCAUGCCCAGCCACAGACAGCAUAAAGGUCACUCCGAUGGCACUGCUUCAGGUUAUGGAUUUAAUGGGAAUAAUCCCAGAUUCACAUUCAGAGAUAACAGACUCCGUGGGGAAAACAAAAGAUAAGACUGACUUAUCACAGCAAUCAAACCAAGUUGAAAAAGUGAUUAUACCUCCGGAGUCAUCAGUAGCAAGUCCUGUGCAUCAAAUGAGGGAAUCAAAGAGUAUGGCCUCAAGACCAGAUAAAAUCACAGAUAUCUCCAAAGUAAUUCCUGUAGCAUUGUUUAAUAUUGUGGAUUCUAGGGGGCUGAUUAAUGAAUUAUGUUCACAUGUCAUAGAAUCAGCAGGAAUAGCCCCAAAGCCACAACACCAAGUCACAGAAUCAGUGGGGGUAAAUACAUUGCAUAAGUAUCAAGCUGUAGAACCAGCAAACAUGAGUCUGGGGCCACAUCAUACAGUCUUCAAAGGUGGAGAAUGGAUUCUGCAGCCUCAGCAUAAAGUCACAGAAACAUUAAACAUGGAGUCAGGAUCACAGAAUCAAGCCAGGUUUACUCCUAGUUCACCCCAACCUCCACAGACACCAUCUAAAGUCCUGGAGUCAUCAAAGAUGAGUUCAGAGCCAUCAGAGAAUGCUCUUAAGGUAAACUCAGUGGUACAGGGGUCACCCAUGGAAGUGAUCACAGGAACAUUAAACAUGGACUUAGGGUCACAGAAUCAGGCCAGUUCACCCCAACCUCCACAGACACCAUCUAAAGUCCCGGACUCAUCAAGGAUGAGUCCAGAACCAUCAGAGAAUGCUCUUAAGGUAAACUCAGUGGUACAGGGGUCACCCAUGGGAGUGAUCACACCACUACAAGUUGGUUUGACUGCUCAAGCCAAAGAAUCUCCAGAGUUGCCUUUUGUGUCCCAGGUUCAAGUCAGAGACUCCAUAGGAAUGACACUACAUCAAGGCACAGAGAAUAUGUCAUCAACUCCAAAACUGCCUCAUCAGGUCAUGGACCCUUUGCAGUUCACCCCUUGGCACCAAGACUUAGACUGUUCAGAGGUAAGACAAAGUCAUAAACUGAAAGAACCUAUGGGGUUGACCUCUGAUACCUGGCCACAAAGGAAGAAUCCUACAGAGAGAACACCAUCACUUCAAAUAACAGCCCCAGGGGCACCAGAUCAAGAGACAGUACCUAUAGGGACGAGCCAACAGCAUCAACUUACAGAAUCUGAAGUAGUGCCAGCUACUCUGAAACUUGAAGAAGUAGAGUAUUUGGGGGAAAACACAACCCCACAAUCUCAGAUUAUGGAGUCAGUGGACUUACUCCCAGAGUUACAGAAUAUAAACUCUAUGAACCUAGUCCUAGAUCCAAGAUUGGAAGGUAUGAAACCUGUGGACAUAUCCAAAGAUUUAGUUUUAAUUCCUGAGACCCUGGUGGAAAGUAUGAAAGUUGGUGAGUUACCCACACACCUUUAUGCAUCAAAAUCUUCAAAUGUGAGCCUCAACUCAAGUUAUUCUUUCCCAGAACCUGAAGGGCUGACUGAACAACAACAAGCCUCAGAAGCAGGGGUGACCUCUGACACUUGUCAUCAGGUGGAAGAAUCUGCUGAGUUGACACAAUCAGAAAGAGUGACUCCAGCACUACUCAGCCAAACCUCAGAAUCUAUGGAGAUGAGCUUACCACCACUCCAAGAUAAACCAGAAGUGAUGGUCCCUGAACCACAGGCCCCAGAUGUGAACUUUGCUCAUGUGACACCAGAACCAUGCUCAGAAGUUAUUAACCCAUUAGAACUAAGUCUACCUGAAUACACAGAAAGCACCGAAUUGACAUUGCCUGAAGUUGAUGAUACUCAGGAGACUGUUGUAGAAACAUAUUCAGAAAUGGGAUCUCAGGGGUUGAAUCUAGAAUUAAGCAUGCAAAUUGAGGAAUCAGAGUCAUUGGUAGAAAAUUUGAAAUGUGAAGAAUUAAUCCCUGAACCAUCUGUACUAGUUGUAGAACCUAUGGAGUUAACUACAGGACCCACACCACAUAUUAUAGAUGUGAUCCCAGGGCCACAGCUCCACAAUGUAAAGUCUAUGCAAAUAGACAUAGGAUUCGAGUUACAAAGUGAGUUAUCUGUGGAUUUACCACAACAGUCAUCUAUAGGAGUGGUAGAUACUGAAAAGGCAAAACCAGAGCCAGGACUACAGAGUUUGUCACCAAAGGAGUCAGUUGAGGGAAUACAGAUUCCAAAUGUGAAAUCCCUGGAUUUGAAUCUGGACCAAGAGCCGCCAACUGUCAAAUCAGGAUUGAUUCCAGGGCCACAACUGCAAAGUGUCAGAUUUCCAAAGUUAUAUCAAGGGCUACUUCUUCAAGAGGAAAAUCCAUCAAAUUCUAUCUCGGGCCCCCUACAUUAUAGUGUGAAAUCUGAUGAAGCAAUACCAUGUUCCCCAAUGCCAGACAUCAGAUCAUCUGGUUUUAUUCCGGGACCAAAGGUUCCAGAACCACAACUACAUGUGAAAUCUACGGAAGUAAAUCUAGGACCAUGUUUGCAAGAUGUGAGAUUUUCUGAUUCGAUCCCAAAUCCCAAGCACCAUGGUUUCAAAUAUACACAGUUCAUACCAGGUUUUCCGCUUCAAGAGACUACAUCUCAGGGAUUUAUGCCAGAAUCAUUUAUACCAUUAAGCCAAGAGCCACAGUUCGAAGAUAGGAAGCUUGCUCUAGCUACACAAGGAUCGGAGUUUCACAGCAUGAAAAAUGCAACACAAGCUUCCGAACUACAGCGUUCAUGCGGGAUUUCUGAGGAGGUCAACAUAGGACCUUGGGAACAAGAUACCAAAUUUUCUGAGCUGGCUUCAAGACCAAAACUUCAAGGGGUCAAAUUUGGGGAGCAAAUCUCAGGGUUGAUGUUUGAUAGUGCAAGUUCUAUGACUUCAGAGUUAGGGAUGCAUGACUCCAAAUUGGCAAAGAUGACUGCAGGGCUACAGGAUAGCAGGCAUCUGGGUUUUAACUCAGGGCCAUGGCUUCAAGAUGUCAAAUUUUUGGAUGUAAUACCAGGAACUCCACCUCAAGGUAUGAAAACUCCAGAGCUAAACUCGGGGCCACACUUAGAAUGUAUAAAAAUUUUUGAGUUGACCACACAGCCAGAGAGGCAAGGGAUGAAGCCAGAAUUGAUAGUACAAGAGUCCCCAUUUCAAGUUGUCACAGGGAAUCAAGAACCAAGCUUUGAAGACAAAAUGUCUUAUAAAAUGGUACCUGAACCACAGGUGCCAACGGCAGAAACAAUGAAAUUGGCUACUGAGAGACACUUAGCAAAUGUAGAUCAUUCUGAGUUGAUCAGAAGCCCACAGACACAAGGCAUAGCAUCUUCUGAAUUGAUUGAAGGACAACUUUUGGGACAUAUAAAACCUGUGGAGAAGAACACAGUCUCAAAACAAGAAGCUCUGACAUCUGUGGGAUUAACACCAGGGCUACAUCUGGGAGACAUUAAAUCUACAAAGUUAAAGUCAAAGUCAGAGCUGGAGCCUGCGGAAUAUGUGCUGUCAACCCUGGGGAUGCAUGCAGGAGAUAAGAAUCUUGAGCUGCCUCCAGGCCCCAGCUUGAAGGGUUUAAAACCAAAGUUACUACCUUCAAAGCCAAAAAUAGAAGAUAGGAAAUCUGUGAUCUUAACUGUAGAAGAAUGUCUCAAGAGAAUAAAAUCCACUGUGGUAUCCCCAAGUAAUUCCCUAAGAAGAGAUAUGAAGUCUGUGAAGUUGAUUCCAGGUUCAAAAAUUCAAGAUUUGAAAAAUAAGGGGUUGGCCCAUGGUACACAUGUUCAAGAUGUAAAUGCCAUGGACUUGAAACUUGAGCCAAAGAAGCAAGGGGAGAGUCCUAUGACUUUUGUACCAAGGAUGCUUUUUCAAGAGAAGUCUAUGGAGGUGUUUCAAGAGCCUCAACUGCAAGAUAUGAAACCCAAGGAACUGACUUCACAGCCACAAAUGCAAGAUAGGAAACCUGUGAUCACCCCAUGUUUGAAACACCAGAGUCUAAAACCUGUAACUGUAGCCAAAACACAAGGGAUUCGAGGAGUAAAAUUUGUAGAUUUCAUCUCAACACAAGGGUGUCAAGAGAUGGCACCCAUGGACUUAAAUCUUAAGUCUAGACAGGAUGACCAGAUAACUGUAAAGUCACUAGAGCGGAAAGGUGGGAUUUUCGACCAACAGAAAAAACAGCUUGAAUCAGAAAAUACAUCGCCCAUGGAGUCAGAUCAAGAACCCAAACCUGCAGAUAUGACACCCAUAGAGAUCAAAUCUAAACUACAAUUCAAAGAUACAACCUCAUUUGAAUUGGCUCCUGAGCCAGUUGUUCAAAAUGUAAAAGCAGAAGAGUUCCAAAAUGAACUACAGGUGCCAAGUAUGAAACCUUGCCAGUUGAUCCCAGAGUCCCAGAUGCACCAAGAGAAAGCUGUGGAGUCAACGUUGGACCCACAACUUCAAGGUGUGGAAACUGUGGCACUAAAUACAGAACCCCAAAUUGAAAGCACAAAGUCUAUUCAAUGGAUACCAAUAUCUGAGUUUCAAAGUGAGAAAGGUAUAGGGUCAAACUCAAAGUCACAGUCUCAAGAAGCCAGACCCACAGAACUGAAGCCACCUGUGCUAUGGAGAGGUAUGAGGUCACCUGAACUGACUGCCAGGUCAAAAAUUCAAGGAGAAAAAUCUGUGGCAUUUCAGCUUGAGCCACAGUUACAGGCUCAGGAACCAAAAACAUUCAACUUGACUUCAAAGCCACAGCCUCAAGCCACCACAACUGAGGAGCUAAACAAAGAGCUACAGGCUGAAAGUGUAAGAUCUGUCCAGUGGAUAACUCAACAGGAGUUCCCCAGUGUGAAGUUUUUAGGAUCCAAUAGUGGGUCACCAUUUCAAGGCGUCAAAUGGACAGAACAGAAACCCUCCAUAAAAUUGGGAGGUGAGGAGUUGAUGACAAGGCCCAAGACAGAAGGUAAAGCAUGUGACCCAACCUUAAGGUCAAUGAUCAAUAACAUAAAAUCAAUGACAUUUAAACCUAGGUUCCAUGUAGAAGACAGGAUCGCUAAUGAACAAGUAGUGAAACCGUUAAAGUCAUCCCCAGGAGUACAACAGCCUCAAGACAUGACACCUUUACUGUUCAAACAAGAGUCACAGUCUUCAGAAGCAAAAUCUGGGAUAUUAGGCCAAGGGUCACAGUCACCUGAGCCCCAGUGGCAAAGUGCAAAAUGUUUUGACUUGAUACCUGAAACAAAGUCCCAAAAUAUGAAAUUUAAGUUAAGUUCCAGCCUACCAUUGAAAAGUAAACCAUUUACUGAUUUAAUCAUGGAGACCAAAAUUCAAAGGGUUAAGCUAGACUCUAGACCUGGGCCACAGUCCCAAGGUAUAAAAUCAGAUUCAAUUCUGAAGACAAUGCCUCAAAAAAUUGAGAUGGAAGACUGUGAAUCAGGCCCACAGUUACAAGAUCUGAAAUCUCUGAGGACGAUCAUGGGUGUAAAAUUCCUAGAUGUCAAAUCUAUGAGCUUCAGUCCUAGACCACACUUAGAAGAUAUGCCAUCUGAAGUCAUCACAGAGAAGAAUGUUCUUGGUAUGAAACCAGUAGAAAUCAAACCUAGUCCAAAAUUACAAGGUGAGAAACCUGAGUUCACCCCAAAGGAGUUGUUUUUAGGCACACAAUCUAUAGGAUUGCAUUCAGACCUUAAUUUGCAAGAUUUGAAAUAUCCCCAGCUGAUCAUGGGCAUGAAACUUCAAGGUGUAGACUCUAUGGAACAACACUUGACAAAUAUAAAACCUUCUGAGGUGAUUACACAAAUAAAUUCUCAAGGUGUAACAUCUGUGGACUUUGAUUCUGGACCACAGACACAAAAUAAAAAGCCUUCUGAGUUGUUUCAAGGGGGAAAGCUCCAAGAUAUGAAAUCUAUAGAGUUUAAUCAAGGCCCAAAGUUACAAAGUAUGACUGUGGAGUCAAGACUAGAGACAAAGCCCCAAUGUGGGGAAUCUGUAAAGUUAAACUCAGGCCCUCAGUUGCAAGAUCAGAAAUAUUCUAAGUCAACUCUAGGGACAACUCUUCAAGAUGCAAGAUCUCCAAAGGUCAAUUCUGGCCCACACUUACAGGGUGUAAAGUCUUCAGAAGGGAUUUCAGGGGACACAGUUCCAAAAGAAAAACCCAUAGCUUUUGUUUAUCAGCCACUGGGGCAAGAUGUUGAAUCUUUUAAAUGGAUUUUCUCUAAGGCACUUGAUGGGAAACCUUUGCAGUUCCAGGUACCCUCUGAGUUACAGUACAGGAAACUAUCUAAGUUAAAACCAGAAUUACAUCUUCAAGGUAUGAAGCCUGGGGCUUUCAACCUUGGAUUGAAGUUGGAAGAUGUGAAAGCCAAUUCCACAAAUCUGCAAACAACAAAGGAUAAAGAGGUCAAUUAUGAUGCAGACUUGCAAGUUAUGGGAUUCUCUGAAUUGGCCUCACCAAUUUAUAAUGUGGUACUUUCUGGACUCAAAGCCACAAAUCAGAAGCAAGAUGGGAAACCUCACAAAUUAAGUCAAAAGCAACAGCUUCAAACUAUGAAAUCAACAGUGUUCAAUCAUGAGCCACAUCUGCAACAUAUCAAGUCAUCAGACUUAUGUACAAAGCUUCAAGACCUGAAAUCAGUGGAAUUCAACUCAGAGCAACAGUUGCAAGAUGUGAAGCCCUCUGAGUUGGGCCUGGGAACAGGUACACAGUCUUUAGGGUUCAACCCUGGGCCACAGUUUCAAGAACUAAAAUCUUCUGCAGUGAGCAUAGAGGUCAAGCUGCUGGAAGAGUCAUCUCCAAAAUUCAAGCAUGAACCUAGAUUGCACUGUAGGAAAUCCUGUGACUGGAGUCACAGUAAAAAUGUUAUGGCACCCAAAACCGAGAUACAAGAUGUAGAAUUAUCUGAGUUGCACCCUGGUCCAGACCUUCAGGGUAUAAACUCUAAGGAGUUCAUCCCUGGGUCACACUUGGAAGAUCUGAACUCUGCUUGUACUCCCAAUAUAAAUUCUCAAUAUGUAAAUUCCAGUGAGUAUAUAUCUAGGCCAUAUUUGCAAGAUACAAAUUCCUUUGCAUGCAUUCCAGAGCCAAACGCUCAGUGUAUAAGCUCUGAGUACAAUCCUGGAAUACAUUUGCAUGGAACGAAUUCUUCCUCAUGCUUUUCAGGAUCAAAAUCACAAUGUGUAGAUUCUACUUGGAGCAACCCUGAGUCACAUUUGCAAGACAUAAAUUCUGUCGAAUGCAUCCCAGGGCCAAGUCCUCAGUGUGCAGAUUCUCCUGCAUGCAUCCCAGGGCCAAGUCCUCAGUGUGAAGAUUCUCCUGCAUGCUCCCCAGGGCCAAGUCCUCAGUGUGCAGAUUCUCCUGCAUGCUCCCCAGGGCCAAGUCCUCAGUGUGCAGAUUCUCCUGCAUGCAUCCCAGGAUCAAAUCCUCAGUGUGCAAAUUCUUCUGCAUUGUCCCCAGAGCCAAGUCCUCCAUGUGUAAAUUCCACUGAGUGCAAUCCUGAAUCAUAUUUGCAAGGUGUGAAUUCAUCUGUAUACACCUCAGGGCAAAAUCCUCUGUGUGAAAAUUCUAAUAGGUAUGAUCUUGGGCCACUUUUUCAAGGUAUGGAUUUUUGUCCAUUUCCACCACCACAAAUUCUGUGUGUAAAUCCUGUUUGGUGCAAUACUAGAGUACAUUUUCAAGAUGAUAUAAAUUCUUCUGCAUGUACUCUAAGUCAAGAAUCUGAGUCAGUAAAUUCUAUUGGCUACAACUCUGGGACACAUUUACAAGCUCCAAAACUUCAACAACAACACUUGAAAGAUUUGAAGUCUGAAUUAACUCCAGGGUCAAACAAUUUGGGUAUAGCACCUAUGGAAUACAACCCUGGUCCACAAAGUCAAGAUAUGAAUUCUUCUGGGUUUAAUCCUGAGUCAAAACCUCAGUGCAUAAGUUCUGUAAAGUCCAGUUCAAGGCCACAGUUGCAAAGCAUAAAGUCCUUUGAGUUGACCCCUGACUCAGAGUCUCAAAGUACAAAAUCUGUUCUGUUAAACUCUGGAUCACCUUCUCAAGGUGUGGAUUCAUCUAAAUGUAUGCAAGGGGCAAAGUUUCAAAAGAUCCCACAUUUGAAGAGCCAGCUUGGAUCAUGGCAGCAAAGUACACAACCAAUAUUUACUUUGAGGCCUCAGUCAAACGGUGUGAAUUCUGUGAUUUUACCAACGUCGCCUCCUGAAGAUAGAAAGUUUCCAGAGAAGAGUACACAGACAUUGUUUUGUACACAUGCUGUAGAACCGACAUCUAGCUGUGAUCUGAACGACUUGAGGAGUAGGAUGUUUUCGCCAGAACCUUGUUUUCAAAAUGUUGACGUUGUGCAGUUGAAGCCAGUGUCACAGUCUCAAAGUGUGAGUUCUUCAGAAUUUAUGUCAUGUUCACAACAUCCUAUGUCUUCACUUGCACCAAAGCCAUGUUUUCAAGAUACAAACCCUAAGGAGCUGAGGAUAGGAUCCAAACAGGAAAGUCUGAAUUGCCAACUAUUUCCUUCAGAGGAGAAACCAAUGAUGGUAUUGGCACCACAGUCCACCAGGAAGCUCUUAGCAGGACCAGCACUGACUAGUGUCAAAUUUUCAAAUUUGUCACUGAAAUCACAGCAGCAAAAUACAAAAUCGUUGGUAUUAACUUCAGAGACAAAGUGGCAAGGUGUAAAACAGGUGAAAUUGUCAUCAGUGUCUCUGCCAGAACCUGGAAAAUCUGUGGAGGUAGCACCAAAGUCAAUUCUUCAAAACAUGAAAUCUAGGAACCUAAUGCCCCAGACAAUUGAUCCAGUCACAAAAUCCACUAAAGUCAUUUAUAGACCAGAGCAACAGGUGGUGGACUUUGCAGGGAUGAGCAUGAAGCCUCCUAGGUGUCAAGUCCCUAAAUCAGCGAAUUUUACUUCACCACCAAUUUAUCAAGAUGUGGGGUCUUUAGAAAUAACAAAGGGGUUGGAACAUAAAAGCACAGAAAUGAUGGAGAAAUCUGUGAGGUUAAGCUCCAAACCAACAGAUCAAGUCAAAGAAUCAUCAGAGAUGCCCCUGAAGCUUGAUCUUCAAGUACCAGAAUUUUUUUACCUGACUCCAACACUAAGUAAUCAAGAUUCAAUAUCCUCAGAACCAGACCUACCAAAAAGCUACCAGAUCCCAGAAACUCCUGAGUUACAUUCAUCACCGUGGCCUCAAUUUCAAGAUUUCAAGAAGUUACAGAUAAAAGAAGUUACAGAAUCUGAUAGAGUGACCCUCAGUGUCAAGAAUCAUGUUGUAGACAUGAUAGAGUUGACUUGUGAAGCAAGACAGGGAGGGAAAGAAUUUCUUAGAAUGACUCCAAAGCCAGUAAAUAUAGAGCCCGGAUUUGUAGAAAAAUCUCCAAGGCCAUGUCCUCAAGACUUAGGACCUCUGGGGGUGGGCUCUAAGAAAAGAUCUCAAAGGGAACAAUCUGUAGUAUCAACACCAAGGACAUCCUGUCACAUCCCAGAUUCUGUUUCAGGAAUAAUACCAAGAGGACCUCAGAUUCCCAAUUCUACAAAUUUGGCCUCUACACUGUGGCUGCAAAAAGAAUCCUUUGAGUUGUCAUGUAAGCAAACCAGUCAAGUUGAGGGAAAUACAGACUCUGUAGAGCUCACCUUUGGUACACAGCAGCCAGGAGAGGUAGCAGCUAAGCUAACAAAACAUCAGAAUUUGAACCUGGAAAAUGCAAACAUAACUACAAUAGAAUCACUGGACCAAAUGAUAAACUUUGUAGGGGCUAGUCCAAAGCCACAAGAUCAAGUAAUAGAAUUUGCAAAGGCAUCGCUUCCAGUUUCUCAAUCAGUUGCCCUCCCAAAAGUUUCUGAAUCUGUGACCCCCAGAGUUAUAAAGUCUGUGAUGAUUCCAGAGAGUGCCCCUCAAAAGUCAAAAUACAAUGAUUUAACUCCCAGAAUACAUGAUAUGAUAAGUUCAGAAUUUGUUCCAAGCCUUUGGCUACAAAAUGUGCAAUCCAAGAAGUUAAUCAUAGAGCCAACACAUCAGGUUUUAGAAACAAAACGACGAACAAGCUUUCGAAUUAUAAAAACUGUAUUAAUUCCCAAACCACUGGUUCUGAUUGUAAAAUCUGAAGAAGUGGCACCAGGACCAUGUGCUCAGGCUGUAGAACCAAUAGGACUCUCAGCAAGAUCGAGCAUUAAAGAAAAGGAGUGUUUGAAUUUACACCCAAGACCCCAUCUUCAAGACCUGGUAAAACCUAUGGAGUUAACUCCAAGGGCAGAUAUUCAAGUGACUUCUGCAGAAGUAAUAUUUCAGCAAACAUCUCCCCUUAAGGAACCUACAGUGUUAAUUCAUGAGCAAAGACUUCAGACUGAAAAAUCCCUAGGCCUCAAAACAGAAUCUCCUAAAGAAAUGAAAAUCAAGGAUUCGAAUCAAGAAUUGGUGUGUCAGAAUAAAGACUCAGAGGUGACCACAUCAGCAAAAUUACAGACAGAGAAUUACUUAUCUAGUUUCAUACACAGCCCUUCAAUCCCAUUUCUUUCAAGUGUUGACAAAACAACUGAAUUAGGGCAACUUCAGGAUUCUGGGGUGCCUGAAGUUUCAAGAACUUUUGGUACGGAAAACCUUGGUGUUGAUAUUUUGCAGUCUUCAAAGUCCUAUACAGACACUAUUAUAAUAAAAUCUUCAGUUCUUCCCUUGGUCCUUCCAAAUCUACCCUCUGAUAAGACAGGAGACACCAAGGGAACCCCAUAUCCUGAGAUCUGGGGCAUGAAUAUCUUAUCUAAGGAAGAAAGAGUAAAGGAAAAAAUGGAGGAAUUCCAAAGGUAUUCUUCAUAUUCAUUCAAACUACUACCAGAGGAGUUCCAGGAAGGAUUAGGGGCUCGAAGAAGCUCUAUCCGUUCUUUCCUGGGCAUACAACAGAACAUCUGGGAAAGUCAUGUCUGUAGGCAGCGACUACCUAGGAAAUAUCUCUCCAGUAUGCUAAUGCUGGGGAAUGUCCUGGGAACCACGAUGGAAAGGAAGCCUUGUUCUCAAUCAUUUUUAACAGAAGGAUCCACUAUGGACAUCUGUCAAUCUAUUCAAAAUUUAUUUGGGGUUCCAGCUGAACUAAUGGAAUUUUCUCAAAGCCUGCAAGAGAGGGUUCCAAGGACCAUUUCUCAGACUUCAGUGGUUAAAAACUAUAUUCAGAGACAUAUUUUAUGUCACAGUAAUGAGAAAAGAAUGCCUUUAAAGAUGUGGACACGUGGCUCAACAUCUUCCAUAAUACAGCAAUACUCUGGUACUAGAUUGGGAGUAAAGAAAACAAGCUCUAAGCUCAGUGAUAUAUUCCAGAAAGUCACUGAGCAUGUGUCUGUCUCAUGUAGUGGAGCCAGGUUUCCUGCCUUGAUGAAAUCAGAGUCUACUCUUGAGAUACUUUACACUAGGGAAGAUCCUGUUUCCAAGAAGCAGAGUAAAAUUUCACCAUGUGGUUCACCUACUAGGACUUUUGAGUCUCGGCAUUCCCUGAAGACAAGUUCUCUCUCCCAGUCCAAGAGUGAUAUCUCAGAACAGUCCCAACUACUAAAAGGACUACGGCUAAAAACAGCAGGAAAACUACUAAGAAGUCAAAUACCCCACAAUGUCCCUCUGCCUCUAGAGUCAGGUCUUGUCCUAAAGUAUCCCAUCUGCUUACAAUGUGGCCGAUGUUCAGGAUUUAAUUGCUGUCAUAAGUUACAGUCUGCUUUUGGGCCAUACCUGCUUAUCUACCCACAGCUCCACCUUUUAAGCACCCCUGAAGGCCAUGGUGAGAUUCGGAUGCAUCUUGGAUUCAGAUUACAAACUGGGAAAAGACCUCGAGUCUCAAAGUAUCAUACAAGAAACCAAGCAGAUCCACGGAAGGGUGCUGCAUCACCAUCAAGAAGGAAAGCUAGAUUCUCUACGCCAGUUUCCAAGAGUCCUAGUCCUAGAAAUUUCCAGUCCAGUUCUUCCCUAUCUCCUGCUUCUGUACAAGUCCACACUCAGCAAAAGCAAUGGCACAGCCAUAGUGUGGCAGGAAAGACAACCGCCAAAGACUAUGAAUGUCAGGUUUACUCUGUAUCAGAGAGUGAGUACGGAAGCAUCCUGGAUGAAAGAUUUGUUAAAUCAAGUCUCAGAAAAACCUCUGUCUUAACAUAUCCAGUGAAGAAAUCCAAGGAACCUAAAUCACUAAGCACAAGGCUCUACAAAAUCAGUACAAGCACAAAAGACAGUCAUCAUAGAACAAUAAAGGGUCUGUCAAGCAGAAUUGAAACCACCCAGAUGAGCGAUGUUUCUGCCAAGAGACAACCUAAGAAAUCCUCCCAGCCCAAAUUCAUCCAACUGCUUUUUCAUAGUUUAAGGCAGGCAUUCCAAGCAGCACACAGAACUGUGAUUUUUACCAGCAAGAAACUUAAGUACAAGAUGAGGCCAGACAAUUUGUGGUCAAUCAAAAACUUGCACCCCAAACAAAAAGGGAAGGACCAUUGUUUAAUGGAAGAUAGCAAAGGAGCCAGGACACCAGUUGUCAGGCACAUGUCGACAAGCUUAACCCCCAAGCAAAAGGACAAGUUGCAGGAAGCAAGUGAGUGCUGUAGACAAGCUCAACAGGCCAAACAAGUGAGCUCUCUCCUCCCCAGACACUUGAAAUUGCAGACCACCAUGGUUUGUGGAAGAGAGGUCUUUAACCAAGCUACUUCAGUCCCAGAACCUUUCAAGAGAGUUCAAAAUGUCCCCAGUAUAGCAACAAAAAGCUGUAGUGAUGACGUAUCCAGUCAAGAGUCUAAGAACUGUUCUAAUGUAGGAGUCAAAUUUCAUGUCCAAGAGAGGAUUGUAUCUAAUCCCCUCUUGAAGGAAACCCUGCAGAGUCACUUUGGAAAGAAACCCAUAAACCAGGAAGAAGAACAAGGCUUCUUCAGGGAGAGAACCCUACCUAAUAAGCCAUCUGAAAGGACCCAUCACAGGCUUCUUCAGAGAACUCAUUGGCAAAGUCUCUCUGAGAGGAGACAUCGCAGUCCCUCCCAGAGAAACAGUCUUAGCUCCUCUGUAAGAACCUAUCAUAGUCUCUCUGACAGAAGCCAUAACAAUCUCUAUAAGGGGAGAGGCCACAGUCCCUCAAGGAGGAGCCCUGGAAGUCCCUCAAGGAGGAGCUCUAGAAGUCCCUCAAGGAGGAGCCCUGGAAGUCUAUCAAGGAGGAGCCCUCGAAGACCCUCAAAGAGGAGCCCUCGAAGACCCUCAAGGAGAAGUCCUUGCAGUCCCUCUGGGAGUAGCCAUCAUAGCCCCUCAGGAAGUAGCUUUCGAAGGCCUUCAGGGAGGAGCCCUCGAAGUCCCUCAAGGAGAAGCCCUCGAAGACCCUCAAGGAGAAGUCCUUGCAGUCCCUCCGGGAGUAGCCAUCAUAGUCCCUCAGGAAGUAGCUUUCGAAGGCCUUCAGGGAGGAGCCCUCGCAGUCUCUCAUGGAGGAGCCCUCACAGAUGCUCAAGGAGGAGCCCUUGUAGACCUCUAGAGAGAAGAGGAUACAGUUCCUCUGUGAAGAAGAAUCUACACAGUUUUUCUGAGAGGAGCCAACAGAGUCCCUCUUCUCUGAGAUGCCUCAGUCCCUCAAAAAAGAGCCAUGUCAGUUUCAUGCAGAGGUCACUGGGCAGUUACUCAGAAAGGAGCAUUCCCUCUGUCUGGAAAGAACAUAGUUGUAGAUUAAGCCAGUACAAUUCUGUGCCCUUCCUUGGGUUGGCUAAACAAGUCUCUGAUGGCUGGAGUCCAGCAGUGCCUGGCCUCACUGCAUUUACAUCUUCCUGCCAGAGCCUUGAGAAGCUGAUCACCUACUGAGAUUACUUUGCAACAAAAUCAGCUGAAAUGAAGGGAUGGGUUUUGGGGGUUUGCCUAUAUAAACGCAGACUGGAAAAUUAAAAUUUGAGCC